UGGUCUCGGCACAAUGUCUGCAAUAGGUGGCGCUGUUGAUGACACUGACACUAACUGUGGUGGUGGUGGUGGCGGCGGUGGUCGUAUCGCUAUCGAGUAUGACACCAACAACUUCAUCGGUUCAGUGGCUGCCCAGGGAGGUUGGGGUCAGUAUGAGUGUGGAGGCGCGGGAACAGUUCUGUGGCACUACAUAACUAAUGACACCAACAAGCUGGUUGUAAACAACAACAAUGUUUGUAAACCCAAAGUCCCUGCAAUCACAUAUAGCCAACUUGAUAACCUCAAUAUUGGCAGAGAUAGCUUCAGGACCUGGCUGUUUGAUGAAGAAGAUGGCAAGACUCACGAGUUUGCAGAGCUGGAGAUCAGUGGAAGUGCUGAGUUGGCCAUCUAUAGGGCUAACACUGACACAUUUAACCAGUCUGUCCUUGUUGAGAAAACUAGUGGUGAUAAGAGUGGUCUCUUCCAUAUAGGACCAACUCAGAAACUUGAAGUCGACUUGCCCCCAGACAGUCCUGAGUUGAUGUUCAGCUUACACAUCUACCCAGAGGGUGUUGUCCAGAUGAAGAGACAGCUCUACAUCAACAAUAUUACCCUUGAUGUUGAGGGUCAGGUCUCUGGUGUGGAGGACCUCAUCAUUGGAAGAGACUCAACCAUUGUCAUAAGACCUACUGGCAUUGAGACUGAAUCAAAGACUCUCACGUUCAGCAGUAUAACAGUGCAAGGUGGUGGAACCAUGAUUGUUGAGACCAACAGCAAGUUCCCCUUGAUCCUCAGUGGUACCAGUCUCAGUGUGGAGAGUGGAGGCAGGCUAGAGGUGGACAACUGUAUCAUCAAUGUUGUGGACCUGAAUGUACACCAAUCUGGUUACAUCACUGCUGACUAUAAGUCUGGAGUGACUGGGAAUACCAAUACAGGCUAUGGUGCCCAAGGAAUGGGUGCAGGCCAUGGUGGACAGGGAGGUCGUAACAAUGCAGGAGGUGGUGCUGGUAUUUACUAUGGUAACAUGCUAGAACCAACAGACUUUGGUAGCUAUGCCUACAGGGAAUACUACGGAGACUAUUUCUAUGCCUAUGGUGGUGGACGAAUUCAGAUUGAAGCCACCGGAGAUGCUACUGUUGACGGAACAAUCAGUGUUGAUGGAGCUGAUGGCAUAGAUGACCAUGGUGCAUCAGGUGGUGCCAGUGGUGGCAGUAUAUACCUCAGAUGUGGUUCAUUCCAUGGAAAGGGUAUCAUUCGCAGUCAUGGUGGCAAAGGAAGUACAUCUGGUAACACAGGAGGUGGUAGUGGGGGGCGUAUAGCAAUCUACUACACUAGCACAGAGUUCCAGGGUAGUCACACAACAUAUGGUGGCAAAGGGAAUUCUGGGAAAGUAGGUGCUGCUGGUACAGUGUACAUUGAGAAAGAAGACCCACUCCUCAAUGACAGAACACUCAUUGUGGACAAUGGAGAACCUUACGAUGUUACGGCCAAGAUCAACAACUACGCUUAUGUAUUCCAACAAGAUAGCAGUAGGACAUGGAUCCCUUACCCCUCAGGCACUACAAGUCACGCACUGGAACAACUGAUCAUACUGAAUGGUGCCCAUGUGGCCCUACAGCCAUUAUCAGCAGGUACUGCCAGUCUGAAUGUGCACACCUUAUCUGGCAGUGAUGUCACAGAUGACUCCCUACUUGGUACCCUCCAUGUAGGUAAUGCACAGAGUGUUUUCAUCACUCAGAGCAACUUGUACUUCCCAUUGAACCUGAAUGUCUACACUGGUGGCUCUAUCAGCUUCCCUGACCAGGUUAAACUGUACAAUGUUGAUGCUUACAUCGAUGGCGCUAUCACUGGCCCCGAUGAGUUCACCAUCCAACAUUCAACUGUCACUAUGGGAGCAAAUGCAAAAACAACCGGACAAGGAAAUGCUGGAGAAUUUGUGUUCGAAACAAGUUUCAGCCUUUUGACAUCUGGUGUAUUUGACCUCACAGCACUUGAUUCCUCAGCGAUAACCUCAGCCUCACUCACUGUUGGCAAUGAUGGUACCCUGAAUGCACGCAAGAUUGUCAUCACAUCCACUGAUGUCCUUGUUGAAGAAAAGGGUAUUAUAGAUCUGGAUCAAAUGGGACAAGUGCAAGAUGGACCUGGCUACUAUGCCCAGCGCAGUGGAGCUACUCAUGGUGGAGAGGGAGGUCGAGGAUAUGGCUACUCUGUACGUGGUACUCCCUAUGAUCAGUUCUAUGAGCCUACUGAGGUGGGUUCUGGUACACCUGGUAACACUGCUGGUGGAGGAGCCAUCAAGAUUAUGACAACCAAUGCAAAUGUAUAUGGUGUCAUCACAGCUAAUGGCAAGACAGCUACAUGUGACUGUGGUGGCGCAGCUGGAGGAAGUAUCUGGAUCACUGCAUCAGAGAACAUCCUUGUAACAGGCUCUAUAACUGCCAAUGGUGGUAAUGGCUAUGGCUCAUAUGGAGGCGGGGGUGGUGGAGGUCUCAUUGCCCUUUACUACAAAUAUGGUGGUAUCGGAGGCACCGUCACUACAUAUGGUGGCACAGCCAAUCAAGAGAAGGGUGCUGCUGGAACCGUCUACAUUAGUGUCAAUGAUCCAUUGAAUACAUGGUCUCGGGCUAUAGUUGACAACAAUGAGGUUAGUACAAAUGCUCGAACAAUCCUCACUGUCAAUGACGAUACAUACCUCUUCAGCAUGGAUGAACUCACCAUGACAAAGAACGAGUGGGUGUCAUUCAAAGCGCGUGGUGACAGUGACCCAAUUCUUACUGCUAGAAUCGGACAGAUCCAUGGUAACAAGGACACAACCCUUGAAAUUGGUAACAGGUUAUCUUUCUUCUGGAAUACCAGGGCAACUUCACCAUCAUCUACACUUGACCUUGAGGUGGAUAUGUUAGUCAGGGUUGGAGCGACUGUAGAUAUGCCAGCAACAGUUGUUGUCCAGCGAGGCACCAUCUUGGAUGUUUGCGGUGUUAUGGGUAAUGUGGAGAAUCUCGAAGUUCGAGAUCAAGGUACGAUUAAGAUGCACUACCCAGCAAGCACCAAUGAGGAUGGAGAUGGAGAGGUGAAGCUUACCAGUGUUACUAUUGAUUACAAUGGUAAUAUGGUUAAUUCAGGAUCUUGUGGUGGUCAGCCACGAGCCCAUGUUAACCUAUAUGUUGAUGAACUGAUCAAACGCAGUGAUUUCAACCUUCAUGGUAGCUACUACCAUUUACAAGGCAGCUAUGAUACAACACAGCUGUAUCCCACAGGUAUGGGAGACUACGUCAACCACACUUGCUUCCCUUAUGAAGGUGAUCUAAGGAUCUUGAAUGGGCAGUACUGCUAUCUACCCACAGCUAAUAUCACCGAAUACACAUAUGACUCUAUCUACAUUGAAACUGGUGGCGAGUUAAGAAUUGAUGGUACAACUGUUGAUGGCUUCAACAAGACUAUCAUCAAUGUUGGUACACUAACCAUCAGACCAAAUGCUAAGAUGACAGGUAUGGGCACUGGGUAUAAAGAGAAUGGUCCUGGAUUUGGUGAAGGCAACAAUCAAGGUGGAAGCUAUGGUGGUCUUGCUGGGACUGUGACAAAUAACAGUAAACUCUAUGGAGAUAUAGAGAACCCUAUGGACUAUGGUAGUAAUGGUUAUAUGGCAAAUGAGGAUCAGGGACGUGGUGGAGGCCAGGUCUGGAUUAAGGUCACAACCGAUCUCAUAGUUGAUGGUACCAUUGAUAUGAGUGGUAUGAGUGCUUCAACUAGUUAUUAUGGGGGUGGAAGUGGAGGAAGUAUCCGCAUUGAUUCCAACACUCUCACUGGUAUAGGUACAAUCAAAGCUGAUGGAGCAUCUAGAGGCGGCAGUGGAGGAAGGAUCUCAAUUAAGCUCAAUACUGAAUACACCUUCAAGGGAGAUGUCACAGUAAAUGGAGCAACUGGUGCUUCCCAGAAAGCCUCAGAUGGAACCAUCUUUAUCCGGGAUUAUUAUAAUGGACAGACCAGGAACAAACUGUCAAUAGGUGCCACUACUGCAGCAGUGCCUCUCGUUGAGCAGAUCCCUCUGCCUUCUGGUCUUACCAUGGAUAUCAUCAACAAUGCAAAACUGGAGAUCAAAUCUGACAAAACUGUUGGUGCUCUCCAGGGUGAUGGUACUGGUGAGAUCACCAUCAAAUCAGGAGCAACUCUGACUGUUACAGGAACAGCUGAUGACAUCAGGGGUGUGAGAUGUGACUUUAUCAUUGAGGACGGUGCUACACUGAACACUGAAGCAGUUCCAAACUACUUGAUUAGUGGAGAAUUACUCCAAGUCAAUGGAAAAAUCGCUGCUGAUAAACUCACUGUUGGUAGAUUUGCAAAGUUUUAUUUGAGAGAUGCAGCUGAACUUUAUGUCAACGGUCUUGAAACUUAUGAAAAUGUGACAAUAUUUGUGGAGGAUGAUGUUAUUGUUGGGAAAAGUGAAGAUGCUUUCAAGCUUGAUGACCUCAUUCUUGGACCCAAGAGUGCUUUGUACUUCACCAAGACAAGCAACACACUUGAGGCAACUACUUUCUACAUGCAUGCUGAGUCAAUCCUCACCACCACAACUGCUGAGAAGUAUUUCUACAUCUCUGGUACUGACAUCACCAUCAGUGAUGAGGCUGUUAUAGAUGCCAACAAGGGUGGUCUCCAACAAGGUCCUGGAGCUGGGUCAAGCUCUAAAGGAGCCAGUCAUGGUGGAGAUGGUGGUGGAGAUACAGGCAAUCACUAUGACUCUUGUCUUGAACCCACCCAAGCUGGAAGUGGCUCAGGCUCUUACAGGGGAGGAGGUAUCAUCAAGAUAACAGCCACUGGAACCUUAUCCAUAGAUGGUACACUUGGUGUAGAUGGUACUGAUGUGACCAACGCAGGAGGAACUAGUGGUGGUACCAUAUGGCUUGAUACAAAUGUGUUAACUGGACAUGGAAGUAUUACUGCUGAUGGCGGCUCUGGGGCAAGUAAUGCUGGAGGAGGCGCUGGAGGUAGAAUUGCAAUCUACUGCACAAUCAUGUCUGACUUUAAUGGUAAGAUCACCACAUAUGGUGCUGAAGGUUCCACGCAUGGAGCAGCAGGUACCGUCUUUGUUGAAUACACUGAGCUUGGGAUCGCAAAGACCCUUCUCACUGUCAACAAUAAUGGACUUCUAACUGAAGGAAGGACCAUACUUAGUGGCCUCUCUGGACAGAUUAAGAUGGAUCUUAGAGGUGACUCUGUUGUGGAGUUUGAAGAUACUGGUAGUGAAAUCACCAUUGAGAAAUUAUUUGGAGAUUACACUGGAACCGUAUACUUCAAAGAGAAUCAAGUUGUUUCCAUGGUAACAACAUAUGGUAUCCAACAAGCAUAUGCUUUACCAUGCCGUGUGUAUAUUGAAAAUGGUGCAACUGUUUCCCUUCCACCCAAGCUUUUGCUGACUGAUCCAUAUCUUGUUGAUGAAAGACGUCCCAAUCUUGAAGUUUAUGGUACAAUAGAUAACGUACGUGAGCUGAAGGUUGGAGAAAAUUCAGAAGUCAUAUUUGGCAAAGAUUCCAACACUGCACUUGGUUCAACAAUAUCUGACCCUCCAGGAACUCUCUCUUUCACUAAUAUUGAUGUUCUGAGCACUGGAAAACUGGAUGUCUCUGAAGAUCCUGAUAACCCAUUCAAUUUAAUUGCCCUCACUAAGUUCACUGUACAUUAUGAUGGCUAUGUGAAAGCAACUAACUUGUACAUUGAAACCCCAAGCCUUCAAGUGGCAUUUAUGGGACACAUAGAUGUUGAUGGUGCUGGUAGUGCAGCAGAUACUGGGCCUGGUAAAGGUGUACAACACAACAGUGGUGGAUCAGGAGCUACUUAUGGAGGACGUGGUGGUUCAGCCCAAGAUGGCUCUCAACCUGCUGAGACUAUUGGUAGCUUGUUUGAUGCCACAACGCCAGGAUCUGGAGGUGGUAGUGGUACACUUAAUCCAACCAACACAAAUGCUGGUGGCAGCGGUGGUGGAAUUAUGAACCUGAAGAUUACAUCUGAUCUACAACUUGAUGGUAAUAUAACUGCCAAUGCUGGUGCAGGUCUUGCAUACGGUGGUGGUGGCUCUGGAGGAGCUAUCAAGAUAGUCACUGAAGACAUGAGUGGAACUGGCGACCUGUCUGUACUCGGAGGUGAUGCUGGUACACUCGCAGGUAGUGGUGGUGGUGGUGGACGUCUCAGGGUAGAGAUCACUGGUGAAGACAAAUUCAAAGGUAACUAUUUCAUCAGUGGAGGUGAUGCAAGUGCUAAUACUAAUGCUGUAAAUUCCCAAGCUGGUGGUUCAGGUACUGCAUUCAUAAUCACUAUGGUUAAGAACAGACCUUACUACUCCCUCUACAUCAACAAUGAAUUUGCUGCUGGUGAAUCAAUGGAAGCCACAUAUCUCGAUGAAGAUGACAGUAUUGCCUACAAUGAACUCCACAUCCAUAACAAUGUAGAGCUCUACAUUGUCCGUGAAAAUGCUUUCAUUGUGACAAGUGACCUACAGUGUGACCAGUCCAGUACCAUACACAUCCCAGACAAUGUUACUUUCCAUGGAGAUGAUGGUAAAGAUGAGACAACUAUUCCUUGCAGUUUCAAAGUCAGCUCUGAGGGAGAGGUUAUUCUUCCACUUAAGCUUACACUGGUGGGAUCAGGCAAUGUCUUUGAAGGAUUGAUCACCAAUGUGCGUGACUUGAUUAUCGCCCCAAACAUGACAACAGUCUUCUCCCCUCAGACCAGAACAGCAACUAGAGUUGACGGAGAAUACACCUUUAUCAGUGAGCGUGGAGCCUACAGGUUUGCCACAUUUACCAUCAAGGCUUAUGCUCAGGUGACCUUUGAGGGUUCCGACAAACCACUUUUGCUAGGUACUCUAGAGAUGAGCUAUGGCUCUAUAUUGUGGGGAAUGCAGGAGUUGACCCUACAGAGCAAUGACAUUAUACUUCACCCUGGAGCCAAGAUUGAUAUGGUUGGUGGUGGUUAUGGAAGUGCUCAAGGAGAGGGAGCUGGAGCAACAGUAAGUGGUGUUGGUACCGGAGGUGGCUAUGGUUCAGAGGGUGGUUCUCCUAGUGCAGGCUACUCAGGUGGCCCAUCCUUUGGUCUUGUACGUGACCCAGCCAGCAUGGGAAGUGGAGGAGGUAACUCCAACUCAGGUGCAGGAACUGGAGGUGCUGGUGGUGGUUUACUCACUCUUAAAGUCAGCCAAGAGCUCAAUGUUGAAGGUACAAUCAACGUCAAUGGUGCAGAUGGUACAAACAAUGGAGGUGGAGGUAGUGGUGGUUGUGUGUUAGUUGAGGCAGUCAAGUUUACCGGACAUGGCCUCAUCUCUGCCAAUGGUGGAUAUGGAUCUGGCAAUGGUGGCGGUGGAAGUGGUGGUCGAAUUAGGAUCACAUUAGAUGACAUCUAUGACUUCUCUGGUACAAUCACUGUAUUUGGUGGUGGUAAUGAUAACCUCCUAUCAGUCAAGGCUGGUCCUGGUACAGUAUAUACCAUAGAAGGUGUUGCCACAUUGUCCAGCCCACCAAAGAAACUCUUCAUCAUUGGUGAUACUGAAGGUGCCUUGCCAAAGCAGACUAGAGUACAGAUCACUGGUGCUGAAGAUUCCGACUUCAUGUAUGACUACAUGGAAAUAAAAGGAUAUGCCCAAGUGGAAUAUGAUGGUUCUGACAGGACAUUCCAAGUUGCUAAGAUGGUUGGUGACAAGACUGGAUGGAUGUAUGUACGAGAUCAACAGAUCCUCCAGGCUGAGUUUACCGAGGGUGUCGUUUCAAGUACCACCACAUCAGUGAAUUUGGACAUUGCAGUUGAUGCUAUCCUCCAUGUGCCUAUUAAUAUGACUAUUGAUGGUACUAUUAUUAACCUUGCUGGGAAGUGUACAUUCAACAAUCUUGUCAUUGAGAAAGGUGGAGAGCUCAACCUUGCAAGUACAUCCCAGACUGCACUUUUCCAACAGGGAGAGUACAAAACUACAAGUGAGCCUGGUGCAUACUUCUUCGGAUAUGUAAGCCUCAAGCAAGACUCUGUGUUUAAACCUGAAGGUCCACUGAUUCUGCAAGUAGGUGUUAUGGAGAUGAAGCGCUAUGUUGUUCUCCAGGCUACCUACAUUGAUCUAACUGCUGGGGAGUUGACCUUGGAGCGUGGUGCACAGCUAAGUGUAUUAGGUGAAUCCACCACAACAUCCAGCUCUCCACAGACAGGUGUUGGCCUUGGUGGAGGAGCUCAUUCUGCCUCUGGGGGUGUUGGUGAAGGUGUUGAUCUAUCCACUGUUUCUACACCCUAUGGAACCCUCUACCAACCUGUAACAAAUGGUGCAAGUGGUGGUAGCGGAGGUGCAGGUGGUAGUACAAUCAGACUGCUCACAGAUACACUCCAUCUUGAUGGCAUCCUCAAUGCAAAUGGUGCUGACCAUGCUACAGGAGGAGGAGGCAGUGGAGGCAGUGUAUGGCUCACUGCUGAUGUCAAGAUCAAAGGUCUUGGCUCCGUCUCAGCCAAUGGAGGUGCCACUGAAAAUUCAGCUGCUGGUGGAGGCUCUGGGGGUCGUGUAGCUGUAGAAGCUGCUGAGGAUCUCUUUAUAGGGACAUACGAGGCUGUUGGUGGAGAUUCACCUGCCACUCAUGGACCUGGAGGGCCUGGCUCAGUCUUCACAAAGAUUGGCAAGGAGAUUGACAACACUUUGGUUGAAUCAUUCAUUGUGGACAAUCGCAAUCGUCAAGGUUCUCACUACUGUACCCUUGAUGAGGAAAAUCUUGAUUUGGAAUUUGACAAUAUCUACAUCUCUGAUUUGGCAAAGGUGCAAGUUGUUUCUGAUGGACAGAAUCGAACCAUAAAGCUGAACAAGGUGCAUGGAGACGGUACUGGACUGUUAAGAGUGCGUAAAAACCAGAUAGGUACUCUAGAAAGAGCACCAUCAUCCAGCAAUGGCACCACUAACUCCAAACUCUACCUCAAUCUUGAGCUUCAUAAUGAAGGAGAGUUCAUUAUGUCUGAGACUACUACAGUCCUUGGCAAAGCUCCUGUUGCAUUGGAUCUCAAUGGUAUCAUGAGAGGAGCAAUGAACCUGAUUGUUGGUGAAAAGAGGAAAAUGAGAAUGGGUGAUAGUGCUCGUAUUGUCCCCAUGGUUGAAACUGAGAUAAGCAAAAAGGCAAGAGUAACAUUCGGGUUCCUCCAGCUUGAGCCUGGCAGUACGGUCGAGUUUGAUCCAGAUUCUGGUGCCAACAUGAUCGUUGGUGAUUGGAACAUCAAAUAUGGAGCUAAAAUGACUGCUGAUUUCUACAAUGUCACUUGCUCUAAUGUUAACUUUGAAUCUGGAACAACCAUUACUGUAGGAGCUGAUGACAGAGCUAGUUCUACCCUCCUUGAUAUUGAUACAGGAUCAUCUAGAGCUAACUAUGGAGGAGCUGGCCAUGGUGGUGUUGGUGGUAUAACUGGUAACUCCAAUGCUGGUGGUCUUCCAUAUGGCUCCAUAUACAGGCCUGAAUUCCCUGGCUCUAGGUCACAUCCCACAGGUGCUCUUGGUGGUGGUUGUAUAUACCUUAAUGUUGGUAAUGAGAUCAUCAUGGAUGGAGAACUUAUCGCUGAUGGGGCUUCAGGUGACCAGGGAGGUGGUAGUGGUGGCUCUAUCCUGAUUGAUGCUAGGAAGAUUGAAGGUUAUGGUACUAUGUCUGUGAAAGGUGGAGAUGGCCUCAGUAGCACUGGGGCAGGAUCUGCUGGUAGGGUAGCUGUACACACACUCUUCGAGAGCAUGUAUGCUGGAGACUUUAGCAUUAAUGGUGGAAAAUCAGCAGUGUCAGGAUACAGUGGUGGAGGUGGAACUGCCUAUGUGAAGGAGUACAUCAAUGGCUUGCCUUUUGAGUCACUCAUCAUAAGCAAUGAUGAUAACCCUCCUGAAUGUUUCGCAACCAUUGAAGAUGAUGAUACAGAUACCUUCUUCUUUGAUCGCUUAACAAUCACUCGUUCUGGUUCCAUGCGUGUUAACCCUGAUAUCACAGACAUCACAGUUGAUAUACGUGAGUUGAUCGGUGAUCGCACUGGAUUAUUCCAGCUACAUAACACACAUAAAUAUAUUGUUGAAUAUGAAGAUGCAAAUCCUAAAACAUUCACAUCUGGUAUCAAUUUCAUUAUUGAUGAAGGAGCCGAGCUUAUCAUCCCACAGACAUUCUACAUCUAUGGAUUUGGUGUUAUGUUACCUGGUUACCCCGAAGUUCGUUCUCUUGAGAUUGGAGGUAUGUUAACUGGUGCCUCUACUCUAUACUUAGGACGUGGCACAACUAUGUAUGUGGAUGAAAAUGGACACACUGCUAUGCUCAGCAAUGGAACAUAUCUAUACAAGAACAAUGAUGGAGAGUUGAGAUUUGGAGAACUUGACUUGAAGAGUCAAUCUCUAUUGAAAUUUGCUCCUGACAUGGAAUUUAAGGCUUCUAUUGGCAGACUUGAUGUACGUUAUGAAGCUGUAGUCAGUUCUGAAACUAUUGACCUAUUGGUUAGUAACUUGAAUGUAGAGGCUGGUGGCAAUAUUUCAGUAUCUGCUGAAGACAGGCUAUUAGAUACUCUUGACUCAAGUGAAGGAAAUGGAAUCAGUAACACUGGAACAUCCAAUCGAGCCUCUGGAGCUGGUCAUGCCAGUAGAGGAGGCUUUGUCUAUGCCACUGGAUCAACCACAUCUGUUUGGACUGAUGGUGGAGACUACUAUGGUAGUCUCUUUGAACCUACUGAGAGAGGUAGCAAAGGAGGUCAGGGAACAUCAGGCUCUCCUGGCAAAGGAGGUGGCAAGAUUAGGAUUGUUGUAUCCAGUCAACUGUAUGUUGAUGGUAACAUUAAGACCGAUGGUGGUGAUGGUACUGGCGACAGUGGAUCUGGAAGUGCUGGUUCUAUAUGGAUCGAGGCCUAUGACAUAGAAGGCAAGGGUUCUUUCAGAGCUAAUGGUGGUUCAAAUACAGCCGGAGCUUCUGGAGGACGAAUUGCUCUUUAUCUGAAAGUGAAGAAUCAGUUUGUAGGUGAUUAUCUAGCUGUCAGUGGUACAGGUAAUGUUGGUUAUAGAUCAGAUGGUGGCCCUGGCUCUGUGUACAUUGAGGAGAUCAGGAACACUAGGCCCUACAGCCAGUUCUAUCUGGAUCAAGGCGGCCACGACUGGGACCAAUAUUACACCCUGGAUGAGGAUGGUUACUAUGACUACACAUUUAAGGACCUAUUCGUUUAUAACAAGGCAUCUCUAGCACUGAAGUCUGAUUCUAGCAACAGAACUCUGACUGUCACUAAAGUCUAUGGAGAUCGCACCGGUAGACUGCACUUCAAUGCCAGACACACAGCUUUCAUUGAGCAAGCCCAGUCAACCGCUACAACCAUGAAGACCCCAGUCAAUCUGUGGAUUGAUGAGGGAGCUAAGGCCUACCUUGCAACCAUGGUGUACAUCCUGGGUGAAGGGGAGGUUGCACUGAGAUGGAAUGGUGAGAUGAUCAAUGUGGAUCACUUGCGUAUUGUUCCAGGAAGAGUCGUAACCAUUGGACCAUAUGCAACUGUCAGUCUCUUCAAGCAGGGAGUCUAUGAACAAGGAGAUGGAGGCAACUUCAAGUUCUCCAGUCUUGAGCUGGGUGCUGUUGUUCAGCUAUCCUUCCCUCCACCUAUGACACCAAAACUGACAGUCGGCUUACUGGAUAUCAAAUAUGAAGCUAGUAUGGAAGCCAUUGCAUUUGAAGUGGCUGCUACAACUUUCUACCUAGAGCCCCUUGCCUUACUGGACAGUAAUGGUGGAGGCUUGGAUGAUUUGCCUGGUCAAGCUACUGGCAAUGCUGGAGCUGGUCACGCCUCUUAUGGUGGAAACAACAAUGGUGGCGGAGCAGGUGGUAUAGCCUAUGGUUCUCUAUAUGAACCCACCCUUGAAGGUUCCACAGGAGGUGGCACUAACGGUGGUAAAGGUGGUGGCAAGAUAAAGAUCAACAUUGGCUCUGUGUUCCUAUUGGACGGCUUAGUUGAAGUUGACGGCAAUGAUGGGGCUCAUGGCUGCGGUGGCGGUAGUGGUGGAUCUGUAUGGAUCAAAGCUGGUGACAUGCGUGGUCAUGGUGAUAUCUCUUCUAGUGGUGGCAAGGGUGACCAAUAUGCUGGUGGUGGUGCAGGAGGUCGCAUCUCCUUACACACACAAGUAGACAAUGACUACCACGGAGGUAUGAUGGCCUAUGGAGCACCAGGAUCAACAUCUGGUGACACUGGAGGUCCUGGAAGUAUCUUCGUAGAGGACACAAUCAUCAGGGAUCUGGAAUGGCACACACGACUUUAUGUGAAUGGGCAGAAUCUAGCCACACCAAAACCUUUGGUGAUUUAUGAGCGAAAUCCUAAGAUUGACAUCUUUGAUCUUGAGAUAGACAAUGGAGCAGCUUUGCAUUUUGACACAGUUCUUCUCGAAAAAAUGGCUAUGCUUGAGAUCUCAGACAGUGAAGAUGAUGUGAUCACAACAAUCAACAUCCCUGUAAUACUUGGUGACAAGACAGGCUUCCUACAUCCCCAAGAUGGAGACAAAUUCUUUAUUGAAUUCUCUGAGUUUGCCUCUGUGAGAACCUACCCACCUGUCAACUUCCGCGUUGACCUUGGCAGUGAAAUCUGGUUGUCUCAGGACUUCCGUGUGAUUGGUACAGCUGAUCCUGCGUUCCUUCUCGAGGGACACAUCGCUGGUAUCUACAAUCUUACACUGAGUGAAGAGACUGAGAUGCACAUUGGCGCUAAUGCAUCCAACUCGAGAAUGUUCCGUGGUGAAUAUGUCAACUCUCCUGCAGGUUUCCAGGUGUUCAGCAGAGUAACACUUGAAGCAGAAUCAAGGAUGGUUCACAAUAGUAACCUAAAGCUACAGACCUCUGAUCUGAUGAUGCGUUAUGCCUCAGAGUUUAUGGCAAAAACCAUCCUCAUUGAGGCUGGGGACAUCCAUCUUGAGGGUGAAGCUAAACUUGAUGUCAGUGGUGUUGGACCAGCUGCAGAACAAGGACUUGGUGCAGGUGAUGUUAACUCAGAAGGAUAUGGUGUCGGUGCUGGCCACGGUGGAUACGGUGGUGGAGCUGAUAUUGAUGACUUUACUGAAGGUACUACAUAUGGUUCCUAUGCAACACCAAACCACAUGGGCAGUGGUGGAGGUGGCUCACAUGGUGGAGCUGGCGGGAGCACAAUCAAAUUGAAUGUCAGCCGUGCCUUACAUCUUGAUGGCUUCAUUAAUGCCUUUGGUGCUGAUGCUACAGGUUCCAACUCUGGAGGUGGCAGUGGAGGUAGUAUAUAUGUCCAUGUCAUGAACUUCUCUGGUCAUGGUAACAUCACUGUUGAAGGUGGUAAUGGCAAUGGCUGGGGUUAUGGAGGGGCUGGUGGUCGUAUUGCAGUAAAUGUACUGUGGCUUAGAGAAUACAGUGGAGAGUACUUGGCUUAUGGUGGCUACGGAGGUGAAUCUAGGACAAGUGGAGGCCAUGGUAAUGCUGCAGCAGGAACAGCCUACUUCACAUACUCAGAGAGAGGUCUUGUGCUUGUAAACACUACUGAGGGUCUAGAGCUUGCUGAUGGUCAUAGAAAACUACUGCUUGAUAAUGACAACAGGAAUGACUUCCUCGCUACAGUUAUAGAAAGUGAAGAUGGACAUGAAUUUGAAUUUGAUGAAGUUGAGGCCCAUAACCAUGUUAAACUGCAGAUGAAAGAAGGUCUUGCUGAGAUGACUGUUCAUAAGUUUGCAGGAGAUCGCACAGGGUUGUUCCAUUUGCGAGCCAAUCAGACUAUGUAUGUUGAAUACAGAAUCUCAGAGACUGGCUACACAAUUGCUCCAGUCAGUUAUGAAAUUGACACAGAUUCUGAGAUUAUAUUCCCAUCUGACGUGACAAUGCUGGGUACCCGUACUGUAGUCAAGGGUCUAAUGACAAAUGUUCAGAAUAUGACAAUAGCAGAAGGAGCUAACAUUGUUGUGUAUUCCACCGCACAGACUGCCAGAUUGGAAAAUGAGACACAUGUCUACUUGACUGAUCCUGGUAGUAUAUCUUUCACCAUGCUCACCAUUCAACGAGGCUCUGUCAUGGAACUUACACACGUUGUUGGUGACCUCACACUUAAGGUUAAUAAAUUCCGCCUCAAGUAUGAAGGUUUACUAAACAUGAACCGUGGAACCAUCGACAGCAAUGAUGGUGUGAUAGAAAGCCUUGGUGUUUUGAGCCUGAACUACAAAGGAAACACUGCUGAGAGUGGCCCUGGUGCUGGUAAUACCACAAAUAAUAUAGGAUUUGGAGCUGCCCAUGGUGGACAUGGUGGAGCACCCUAUCCAUAUACUGGUGGUGAGGCAUAUGGAUCACUGUACUAUCCAACUGAGCUUGGUAGUGGUGGUGGUAAUGGACAAGGUGGCACUGGUGGUAGUGGUGGUGGUCUACUCCACUGGAAAAAUGGCAAAGAGCUUCUAGUUGAUGGUUUGAUCACUCUUGUUGGGGCUGCUGGUUCGGGUUACAGCUCUGGUGGAGGCAGUGGUGGUAGUAUCCUCAUUGAGACACUUAAUUUCACUGGCUUUGGAUUGAUUGAUGUGUCUGGAGGAGAUGCUGGAAGUGAUGGCCAUGGCUGUGGAGGAGCUGGAGGUCGUAUGGCUAUUUGGAUUCGAUUCAAAUACAAAUACGCUGGAGACUUCCUAUCAACUGGUGGCCUUGGCAGAAACAAUGGACUUGGUGGAGCAGCUGGUACUGUCUACAUGGAAGAAACAUCAAGAGGACCUAAAUACGCUGAUAUUAAGUAUGAUGCAGAGGGACAGGAGUACACUACAGCCAGCCAUCGACGUAUUGAAGUUGAUAAUGAACACAUUAACAGGGAGCUCUACCAAGAGCAUGAAGAGCCUUGGCUAUUCACUGUUCUCAAUGAAGGUGACAAGGAAUUCUAUGAAUUUGAAGAAAUGAUGAUGACAGGUCACUCUAAUCUAAGAGUGGAUUACCCAACUGGUAAAGACAGUGUAACAGUCCAAGUGGACCUCUUUGAAGGAGACAGAACUGGACUGUUCCAUCUUCGUAAUAACCAGAAGUUGAUAGUGGAGGUAGUAGAGUCUCAGACCAAUGAGACAGUGGCUCCAUGCAGCUUCAGGGUAGAAGAUGGUGCUGAAAUCCACAUGCCCAAAAUCGUGAACCUCUUAGGUAGUCGAACAUGGCUUGCUGGUAUGCUCACUGGAUGCCAGGACUUGCUCAUUGCUGAGGGUGCAGAUGUCAUCUUGAUGUCAACUGCUCAAAUUGCCCUAAUUGAAAACCAAGAAUAUAUCAUGGUUACUGAACAAGGAAACUUCACUUUCUCCACUCUAACAGUAGAGAGGAAUUCUAAAUGUGAAUUCAAUCAACAUCCUGAUUACCCCAUGUCCAUUACAUCUGCUGAGUUCACAGUCAUGUACCAAGGUAGUCUCUACAUGGAUGAAGUGAUCAUAUACUCCACAAAUGCCAUAGUAGAAAGUGAAGGUAUCUUCCACAUGAGUGGUAAAGGACAUGAGGCUGAAGCUGGUGUUGGAGCACCACCUACAGACAAUACUGACCUUGGUCUUGGAGCCGCUUAUGGUGGAUAUGGUGGUGGUUCUGAAUCAAUCACCGAACCCUACGGUAACGUCUACUCACCUCGCGACCUUGGAAGCGGUGGUGGCAAUGGUGGCGGUACUGGAGGAGCUGGUGGUGGUUUACUUUUGUGGGAGGUAGCUGAAAAGAUUGAGAUGGAUGGUGAGUUGGCACUGAGAGGAAAUGAUGGCUCUGGUGGCAAUGCAGGAGGUGGCAGUGGAGGAAGUGUUCUCAUAAAGACAACCAAUAUGACUGGUCAUGGUGUGAUAUCUGUUAAUGGAGGUUCAGCCGCUGGCUCAGGUGGUGGAGGCUCUGGAGGUCGUAUUGGAGUUCAUUGUAGAUGGCGCUACCAAUAUGGUGGAGAGUAUCACAACUAUGGAGGUGAUGGUGUCGGUGGUUACGAACAAACACAUGCAGGAGCUGCCGGUACAACCUACAAGGAAGAGAACUACAGAGAGCUUGAAUACAGAUUCAAGAAAUACGACCCAUAUCUCAAUACAACUAUGCUAGCUGUUGAUCAUACUUAUGUCCAUGCAGACAACAAGCUGAAAUUCGGUCCAAGGCAAACACUCAUUAUGGAUUAUUCUAGAGAGAACUAUGAGUUUGAUGAAAUGGAGAUUACUGGAUCAACCAUCUUGUGGCUUCAUCACCCAGACAAUGUGACUGAAAUUGAAUUAAUAGCUCAUAAAUUCAUUGGAGACAGAACAGGCCAACUUCAUCUCAGGAAGGCACAACAGGCUUGGAUUGAGUACAUUGAAUCAGAGUCCAAUAGAACUGAGGCUCCAUGUAGUUUCAUUGUUGAUGAUGGAGCUGAAAUCAUAAUGCCAACUGAGACCCAUCUUCAUGGAAUUGACAGUACAUUUGCUGGUUUACUUACCAGUGUGCAGCAUUUGUUCAUUGAGGAUGACUGCACAGCGGAGUUCCACUCCACUGCACAGGUUGGCCUCUUGGACAAUGGUACCUAUUUAUGGAUCACUGAACCUGGAAACUUUUCAUUCAGCACCUUCACUGUUAAGAGAGGAGGAGUUGCUGGCUUUGAAAGAAUAACUGAUGAAAUGACACUUGAGGUUGGUGAAUUCAAGGUUAAAUACCAAGGUAAUCUCUACAUGAACCAUGCUGAUAUUUUCUCAACUUGGGCCUGGAUUGAAAGUGAAGGUGUUUUCCACCUUGAUGGAAAGGGUUACCCUGCUGAACAAGGUCCAGGAGGAGGUUCCACAGUUGAUAAUAUAGGUUAUGGUGCUGCACAUGGUGGAGAAGGUGGUGGCGCUGAUAUAACUCAAGUUGCCCAGCCAUAUGGCUUUGUCUACAACUCCAAAGAGUUUGGAAGUGGUGGAGGCAAUGGCCAAGGGACUGGAGGUGCUGGUGGAGGUCUCUUAUUCUGGAGUAUUGCUGAACGUAUUGAACUCAAUGGACUUCUCGGAGCACGUGGAGCUGAUGGCACUGGAAGCAAUGCUGGUGGUGGCAGUGGUGGAGGUGCUCUAAUUCAGACCACUAAUAUGACUGGACAUGGAGAGAUCAAUGUCAGAGGAGGAGAUGCAACAGGAUCUGGUGGUGGAGGCGCUGGAGGAAGAGUCAGUGUCCAUUGCCGAUUCCGCUACAGCUAUGGUGGUAAAUUAACCGACCGUGGUGGAGCUGGUGAGGGAGGCAAUGACUUCACUCAUGGAGCUGCAGCUGGUACAAUUUAUGUUGAACAGAACAUGCGACCACUACAAUACAGAGAACUUAAAUUCAGUGAGGAAACUGGUGCAGAAUACUUCCAAGUUGACUUCAGAUAUACUCAUGUUGACAAUACUGGAAGAUGUGUCCCUGUAGCCACUAUGAUGAUGGAAGGUGACGCAGAAUCCUUUGAAUUUGAUGAGUUAGAACUAACAGGAUGUUCAAGACUGCUCAUAUACCACCCCAACAAUACAGACCUCAUAUCUGUAGUUGCACAUCACUUCAUAGGAGACAAGACUGGACAGCUUCACAUUAGAAGCAACCAGGAAGUCUGGGCUGAGGUUGUUGAAUCAGUAAGCAACAAAACUGAAGCUCCCUGCGCUUUCAUCAUCGACUAUGAAGCUGAAAUAUUCUGGCCUACAGAAGUUCAUCUACAUGGUGUCAAUUCGGAACUCCAUGGUAAAUUAACAGGAGUCCAUCAUAUAUAUGUUGAAUCUGGUGGUGUGGUUGAUGUCUCAUCAACAGCUCAGACUGCACUUAUGGAAAAUGGCACUUACAUAAUGGUCACUGAGGAAGGGAACUUCUCCUUGCCAACAAUUAAUAUCCGCAGACAUGGAGAGCUUGAAUUUGUAAAGAUUGAAAGUAGCUUGACUGUAACUACUGCCUGGUUGGAGAUCAAAUAUCAGGGUCUUAUGUUGAUGAAUCAUGGCUACCUUGAGAUUGGUGACAUGGAUGUUGAAUCUGAAGGAGCCUUAGCUCUUGAUGGUAAAGGUCAUGAAGCUGAGGCUGGCCCUGGAGCUAGCACUGGAUCAUCAGGUGGAAGCUAUGGUGGUCUAGGAGGUGGCUCCAAUGCUGGCACUCCAUAUGGCUCCCUAUUUACUCCUAUAGACUUAGGUAGUGGUGGGGGUGGUGCAUCUGGAGGAGCUGGUGGUGGAUUUGUCGAUAUCAAAAUAGGACGAGAUCUUCAUGUGAAUGGAGAGAUCAGGACACUUGGUGAAGACUGCACUUCUGGAAACAGUGGUGGUGGCAGUGGUGGUAGCAUCCUUAUCAAGGCUUUUAAUGUAUCUGGACAUGGUGCAUUUGAUGCAAGUGGUGGUGAUGGUUACGGCAAUGGUGGAGCUGGAAGUGGAGGCAGAAUAUCCCUUGAGAUUGAAUACAAAAAUAAGUUUGGUGGAUUGUACCGUGCAAGUGGUGGUGUCUGCGGAACAUCCUUGAGUCAUACAACUGGAGAUGGUGGCCCAGGGACAAUUUACAAAUAUGAGUCAUCACGUGGUCCUCAAUACAGAGAACUUAAGUACAACCCAAGAUUGGACGUCACAAUGGUUGAACCAGAACACAGCUCCCUACGUGUUGAGAAUGCUGAUUUGGACACGACCAACUAUGCACUUGUAAUGGAGGAAGAUAGUGACUACUACGAGUUUGAUGAGAUUGAUAUUGAGGGGUAUGCAUACAUCCACUUCUAUCAUCCAGACAAUUCUGAUAAUGUUACCAUAAUUGCACAUGAGAUGAUUGGCAACAAGAAAGGUCUUGUCAGAGUCCAGGAUCAUCAAAGACUUGUUGUACACUUUGUGGUUGAAACUCAUACAUACCUUGACUGCCCUGCUGGCUUCCAUGUUGAUGCUGGUGGUGAAGUUGUUCUAACAACAGAAGUUAUUGUGCGCUCUGAGCGUGUUACUAUUGGAGGUAGGAUGACUGGUGUUGAAAACCUCAUCGUUGAACGUGGUGGUAGCUUCUACAUUGAUGAGAGUGCCCACACAGGCGAUGUUCCCCACACAGACAUUUGGUAUACCGAGGCCUUUGAAGACACAUACACAGCAGGAUUGUUUGAACUUAUGGAUCUUAGAGUUAAUAACCUUGGUGAAUUCAAAGUUGAAAUGGGUGAUAUUCACCCAUUGGUGAACAUUGGUGAUAUCUAUCUCAAGAAUGGUGGUACAAUCACUGUUGCUUGUAAUAGGGCUAGUUUCAAUGCUUCUCUAUUUGAUAUUGAGUUUGAUGGAACAAUGACUGGAGAUGGAUAUGGUUAUGCAAAGAAUGAGGGCCCUGGAGCUGGUACUGCUUCAACCUAUGAUGGAUCAGGAGGUGGACAUGGUGCUAAUGGUGGUACCAACAAGCCUGGUAAUGUAGAUGUUGGUGAAAUCUAUGACACACUUUAUGAGCCCACUGAGCCUGGUAGUGGUGGAGGUGGCGCUUAUGCUGGAAGUGGUGGAGCUGCCAUUAUGAUAGAUGCUGCCUUAAAAAUGGUGGUUGACGGUACAGUGACAUCUGCUGGUGUUAUUGGAACCAAUAACCACCAAGGAGCUGGAGGCGCAGGUGGCACCAUCAUGAUCACCACUGUACAUAUCAGAGGUCAUGGCACCAUACAAGCCAAUGGAGGCGAGGGACGUUACUAUGAUGGAAACUGGGGCAGUGGCGGUGGAGCAGGAGGUCGUGUAGCGAUACAUCUUACAGAUCCAUAUAAGUGGUUCCUUGGUGUAGCUGAGGCCCUUGGUGGAACUGGUGCUCACAAUAGGCACGGCUCCUGUGGAACUGUCUAUGUACAACAGACCAUUGGUGACACUGUUCACAGACAAAUGAUCUUUGAUGGAUCUGACAGAGGCACUGAGAAUGUCUGCACCUAUCCAACAGUAUUAAGUGAGGCAAAUGAUAUUGGCACACAGUACAUCUUCGACCAAUUCCACAUCAGUGGCCAUGCCUGCGUACAACUAGAUGGUGAUAUGAUGUUGAAAGAACUGAGUGGAGAUGGUACAGGAUUGCUUGAGAUUCAAAAUGGCCAAACAUUGGACUUAGACUCUGAGGCACCACGUGUGUCUAUCAAGGCUAACUUACGUGUCCAUGAUGGUGGUCUUAUUGACACCGCUGGUUACACCUAUGUUAUGGAGACAGUUGAUGUACAAGGUGGUCUUAAUGGAAUAAAGGACCUAGUUAUUACUGGGAAAAUGAUCAUAAAUCCCACUGGAUACAGUCUCUGUCAAGAAGGAUCCGAAUCUGAACCAGGGCAUUAUUGGUUCGAUUCUGUCAAUGUACUGGAUGAGGGUAUACUUGAAGCUGAAGCUUCGGGUGUGAGAACUCUCGAUGAUGGAAUGAAAUUCACUGCUGAUGAGUUCCGUGUAAGACAUAGAGCUGUUGUAAAGGUCUUGGGAGCAUUCUCAAUAUUCGGUGGAACUGUUGAUGUGGAGAAAGAAGCAUCCAUUGAAGGACAGGCAGCUGGAUAUGAAGCUCAAUCUGGCCCAGGAGCAGGUUGCCAAAACAAAGGAGGCAGUGGUGGCGGUCACGGUGGUGCUGGUGGACAAUCUCAGUCAUGUUCAGGUGGUACUGUAUAUGACAGUGAUGCCCUACCUUACACUGUUGGUAGUGGUGGUGGAAAUUGUGAAAACAACCAACCUGGUGGCAGCGGAGGUGAUGCCUUUAAGUUCAUCGGCAAGAAUUUGAUUUCCCUUGAGGGGUCUAUUUCGAUGUCUGGUGCUAAUGGCGGAUCUGGAGCUGGUGGCGGUAGUGGAGGUUCAGUCUGGAUAGAUGGUAAAAUCAUUCAAGGACGUGGAUCUUUAGCAGCCAAUGGUGGCACAGGAAACACAGUAUGCUAUCAAAGUGGUUGCGGCGGUUGCUGUAAUUAUUGCUAUGGUAGUGGUGGCGGUGGUGGCCGUAUCAGAACCUUUGGAGAUAAUUUCGUUGACCUGGUUAUUGAAAAGAACCGAUACACAAAUGCUGGUGGUGGUUAUAGAACUGGUAAUACAGGAUCAAUAGCUAGCACUGAUGACAACAUCUGUAGUGGACAUGGUACUUGGUCUGGCUCAGAAUGUGAAUGUGAUUCUGGCUACAUGGGGUCAUACUGUGAGGUACAGUGUGGUAGAGAUGAGACCUGUAGUGGAAAUGGAGAAUGUAACCAAUAUGGAGGCUGCGAUUGUGAUGCGGGAUACACAGGUUAUAACUGUGCUUUCUUCUGUGAUGAAACCAGUAGCUGUAGCGGUCAUGGCACUUGCUCUUCUUGUGGAACAUGUGUAUGUGAUCCUUGUUACCAUGGUAACGAUUGUUCACAGAUGUGUGGAGGUCAAGGCACAUGCCAGGAUGACUACUGUCUUUGUGAUAACUGCCAUCUAGGAGACUACUGUGAAUCAGAGUGUAACAGUCAUGGAUCAUGUAACGCAAGUGGGCUGUGUGAAUGUGACAACAACUGGCGUGGCUUCAAAUGUACCUACCCAUCUUGCCCUGGUGACACGGAGUGCUCUGGACAUGGUAUCUGUAAUGCCGCCAUUCACACCUGUUUCUGUGACCCAGGAUGGUCAGGUAUUGACUGUAGCACUGAGGACUGCCCUGGUGAGCCUGACUGUAUGGGACGAGGUACUUGUGACCUUUCGGCUGAAGUACCUGUAUGCAUGAACUGCCAGGGUGACUGGUAUGGUCCUGCUUGUAAUGAUCCCUGUAUAGAGGGCUCUGCUAAUGCUGACAACACCGAAUGCGUCUGCGAUCAAAUAUGUUGGCAUGGUGAUGGCUGUAAUGUUGAGUGUACCAAUCAUGGCAAUUGUAAUCCAGAUGGAAAUUGUGAGUGCAGUCACUUGAUUGGCUGGCAUGGAACAUACUGUGAGGUCCCCGGAUGCCCAUGGGAUCCUGAAACAGGACUUGAAUGUAGCAGCCAAGGAGAGUGUAACAGUGACACGAUGGAGUGUGAAUGUUUUGCUGGCUGGACUGGAGUUUACUGUCACAUCCCUGAUUGUCCUGGAGAGCCAAACUGCAUGGAUAGGGGUACAUGUGAUACAUCAUAUAGCCCUCCAUUGUGUUUGGAUUGUCAUGCAGACUGGAUGGGACCUGCUUGCGAUGACCCAUGUCUUCAUGGUACACAAACUCCUGCCAAUUCUGGAAAUUGCUUGUGUGAACCAGGCUGGGCAGGUGUAGGCUGUGACUCGGAGUGUUCAGAUCAUGGCAACAUUGUAGAUAGCAUCUGUGUCUGUGACUAUGUGACAGGCUGGAAAGGUGACCUCUGUGAUGUUCCUGGCUGUCCUGGUCUCUUUAACCUGGAUUGCAGUGGUAGAGGUGGCUGUGAAAGUAGCACCCAUACUUGUACAUGUGAGCCAGGCUGGCAAAACAUUGGCUGUGAGGAUGCAGAUUGUCCUGGUACACCUGAUUGUAAUGAUCAUGGAUUCUGUAAUGCUACAAUGAAUCCCCCAGUAUGUGAGUGUGACAGUGGCUGGAUGGGCCAUGAGUGCACACUAGAAUGUGCUAAUGGACACAAAGAUCCCCCAGAAUCAUCAAACUGUGUGUGUGACCCAGGCUGGAGUACAAUAGAAUGCAACUCUGAGUGCUCUGAGCAUGGUUCAAUCAACAGUGCACAAGAUGGCUGUGAUUGUGAUGUCGGUUGGCGUGGUGAUGUUUGUGACAUCCCAGGUUGCCCUGGUGACACUUUGGACUGUACUGGCAAUGGAGAAUGUAAUGCUGCUACCCACGAGUGCUCAUGUUUCCCCGGCUGGACUGGAGAUGAUUGUGCCACAACUGAUUGCCCAGGUGACCCUGACUGCAGUGGUCAAGGUACAUGUGACACAUCAGGGCCAGCACCAAUUUGUAUCGACUGCGUCAUGGGCUAUAUGGGACUAGACUGUAACACAGAAUGUACACACGGAGAGCAGGACCCACCAAAUAGUGGAAUUUGUGCCUGUGAUGCAUGCUGGGCAGGAUCCAGCUGUAACUCCGAGUGCUCCGACCACGGUUCAUGUGUGGAUGGAGAAUGUGUUUGUGAUGAAACAUGGAGAGGCUCCCUAUGUGAAGUACAGGGCUGUCCAGGAGAAACACACGACUGCUCUUUGCAUGGUGUAUGUAACAGUGCUACCAAUGAGUGUGCUUGCAUCCCAGGAUGGACUGGUGCUGCAUGUGACAUCCCUGACUGCCCAGAUGGCUGUGGUGGAAAUGGUUACUGUAAUGGAACUGAUCGUGACCUCCCAGUCUGUGAAUGUCUUGAGGGAUGGUUUGAUCUUGAUUGUCAAUCUCGUUGUGAGUAUGGUACCUGGAUUAUUGAAACCGAGGCAAUACAAUACUGCGAGUGUGAAUCAUGUCAUGCUGGAGAAUUCUGUGACUUGGAGUGCUCUGGACAUGGAACUUGUGUCAAUGGCACAUGUGACUGUGAGAGAGAGUAUGUAGGCAAUUCCUGGGCUGGUCCCAAAUGUGAGGAGACUGGAUGUCCUGGACUUGAAUCUACAUGCAGCGGUCAUGGUGAAUGUAACUCUCUGCUUGGAGAGUGUACUUGUUACCCUGGAUGGCAGUCUGAUGCAUGUGAUGUGCCAAAAUGUCCUGGAGAUCCAGAAUGUGGAGGUCCUGAUCACGGUAUCUGCCAAGGUGGUGGUGCUUGUCUAUGUAACAAUGACUGGAUAGGUGAAAUCUGUGAAAUUCCAUGUUACAAUGGUACCCACAGUGGGGAUGGCACUUGUGUAUGCGACAAAGAAUGCAUCUCAGGUAUCUCCUGUCAUCACGAAUGUAGUGGACACGGUGCUUGUGAUGCUGAUGGUAAAUGCGAAUGUGACUUCUAUGAGGGCUUUAAGGGUAUCAUAUGUGAUGUUCCCAGUUGUCCCGGUUGGCCAGAAGACUGUAUGGGUCGAGGCACGUGUAACCAGGCAACAGGUGAGUGUGACUGUAUACCCGGUUGGAUGGGACUUGGAUGCGAGGUACCUGAUUGCCCAGGAACUCCAGAUUGUAAUGGUGUUAAUGCUUCAUGUGGUGUGACUGCUGACUCAGAGACACCUAUCUGUUACAACUGUGAGGACCCCUAUAUGGGAGAUGGAUGUGAGUACACAUGUGUACAUGGUACAGCCUCCAGGGACCUGGAAUCAAAUGAAUGGAUCUGCACUUGUGAUGAUUGCUAUGGCGGCACCAGCUGUGAUGUCUUCUGCAAUGGUAUUGGCACAGCUUGCACCAAUGGAACCUGUGAAUGUGGCUAUGAAGGGAACAGAGGCGAUCUCUGCGACCUUGAUGGCUGCCCAGGUUGGGGUGAGGACUGUACUGGACGUGGUAGCUGUAAUGGAGCCACUGGAGAGUGUAUCUGCGGGGAUGGUUGGGCUGGACGAGGCUGCGAUGUUGCAGUCUGCCCUGACAACUGUAACCAAAGAGGCGCUUGUGAAGUGGAUGUAGAAUCAGACCAACCUUACUGUGAGUGCGAUGAAGGAUUCUUUGGAACAUCUUGUCAGUAUGGCUGUCUCUAUGGUACAGUGAAUGCAGAAGGCACAAACUGUACAUGUCAGGAUUGCUACCAUGGAUUUGAGUGCGACAUCCUUUGUUCUGGUCGCGGAAACUGCACUGAUGGUGUCUGCGAUUGUGGCUUCGAUGGAGGCAGAGGUGAUUACUGUGAUGAACCAGGCUGUCCCGGUCUUUACAGCACAGACUGCUCAGGACAUGGAAGCUGUAUCCUAGCAACACAACAAUGUAUCUGCAACCAAGGAUGGAUAGGUGUAGGAUGUGAAGAAGCAAGCUGCCCUGAGGAUUGUAAUGGCCGAGGUAUAUGUGCAACUGACCAACGCGUCCCCUAUUGUUCAAAUUGCGAGAAAGGCUGGAUGGGAGAGGGAUGUGAUGUUGUAUGUAAUGGCACCCAAACACCUAUGGAUAGUGGCAUUUGUGCUUGCGACAGCGGAUGUUCCCAUGGAGAUGCCUGUGAUAUCUCAUGUAACAACGUUGGCACGUGUUACGAUGAUAGCUGUAUAUGUGAGAACACAACAACUGGCGUUAACCCAGGAUGGUGGGGUACUUACUGUACUGAGGCAAACUGCCCUGGCACAAAUGACAAAAUCUGCAGUGGACAUGGCACAUGUAACAAGGCCUCUAGGACCUGUGUUUGUGAUGGAGGUUGGUACGGAGAGGCAUGUAGCGUCCCAGACUGCCCCGGUGAGCCUGACUGCAACGGCAAUGGUAUCUGUGAUGCCUCAAGUACCUCUGAUCAACCAAAAUGUAUCUGCGGCAUGGGAUGGAUGGGUCUAGGUUGUAAUAUAGCAUGUGUUAAUGGCAUUGGCUAUGAGAAUGGCACCUGUGCCUGCUUUGAUUGCUUUACUGGACCUGACUGUAAUUCCACAUGUGCCGAUCAUGGUUCCUGCAGCAAUGAGUCUGUCAUUGUCAGCGUGGCUGUUAAUGCGUCUGAUCCAAACACGACAUACUCUGAUGUAGAGACAUUCAAGGACACAUGUUCCUGUGACUCAGGAUGGUGGGGCAUUGAGUGUACUAUAAGGGGUUGCCCAGGUAUUGGAAGCAGUUGUUCUGACCAUGGUUACUGUACCCUGGCUGAUCAAUCUUGCGAUUGUGACGCUGGAUGGAAGGGAGACGGAUGUCACAUACCCGAUUGUCCAAACUCUGCAGGAAUGGCUGACUGUGAUGGCAGAGGUUAUUGUGAUGGUAACCAGUAUGACCCUCCCAGGUGUACUAACUGUACUCUAUCUAUGGGAGACAAGUGUGAGCUGCCCUGCGUACAUGGUGAAGAAAACCCACCAUUCAGUGCACUCUGUGAGUGUGAUUCCUGCUACUCUGAUGCUGGCUGUGAGACUGAGUGCUCCAAUGUUGGAAACUGUACCAAUGGAGCCUGUGAAUGUGACUAUGGAUUCAAAGGAGAUGUCUGCGAACUGAUUAACUGCCCUGGAGAGCCAGAUUGUUCUACAUAUGGUACGUGUCUGAGAAAGAACAACGAAUCACUGUGUGUAUGUAACCCUGGUUUCCAAGGUGACGAUUGCUCUGAGUUCAUUUGUCCUGGAACACCAUACUGUAGUGACAGAGGUGACUGUGCCCUUCCUGAUGGUGCCAUAUCUCCACGUUGUGUUUGUGACCAUGGAUUUGAUGGAGACGCUUGUGAUAGAUGUGUGGACAAGUUUGUAGGAGAUGACUGCGAAAGAUGCCAGGAUGGAUACAUAGGCUACAACACUGACUGUGGAGUACUUUGUCUAAAUGGUGCUCCACCUGAUGUUGGUGGUCGAGAAUGUAUCUGUUAUGAUGAUAUCACUAAUGGACACUGGGUGGGAGCUGCUUGUGAUCAGUGUGAACAUGGCUUCAACCUCCCUACCUGUAUUGACUGUCAUCCAGAUUAUGUUGGCCCACAUCACUGUACAAUCCCUUGCAUCAACAACCAGGGAGUCUACAAAGAGAUCUAUGAUGGCACAGGAGGUAUAGAACCCCUUGUCCCAGAGUUCAACUGUGUAGUACAGCAAGAUGAUGGGAAAUAUGUGGUAUACUUUGGCUAUGAUAACAAAAACACACAUAACGUGUAUGUGGAUGCUGGACCAGAUAAUAUGCUGAAUGGUGUUACAACAUUUGCUGAUGGCAAACAGAGAACAUUGUUCAGACCUGGACAGCACAAAUAUGCCUUCGGUAUAGGACCAGCUUUGUCUAAUGCUACAGUUUCUUGGAGCUUGGCCUAUAAAGCAUCUAAUACAUUCUAUGAUGUCACAGCUGAUAUUAGCGCUGACAAUCUGUGCUCAGAGACACCAGUUUAUGAUGUCAAUGAGAGUGAUCCAGAAGUUGGUGUGUGUGAGUGUAUCCAUGGUUACUGGGGAGAGUCCUGCCAGAAUGAGUGCCCAGGUGGAGGUAACAACCCAUGUUUCGGACACGGUAAUUGUGACAAAACCACAGGGGUAUGUACAUGUAUCUCUCGUUUUACUGAGGAAACCGACUGUCUGGAAUGUAUGCCUGGCUGGACUGGCACUGACUGCUCAAUUUCCAGUACCGAUCUUAUCCUGACCGCUGAUGGAGACUCCAUGGGUGUGGUGUACUACGGAGGUCAUUACAUGACUUUUGAUGGCGCCAGUUACAACUUACCAACUCUAGGCGAGUAUGUCUUAUUUGAUACAACCACUGCUGAAGGUGUUCCUCUAAAGGGUCAUAUCUACAAUGUGAUUUCUUCAGAAGAUGGACUUGGUAUUGGAUUGGCUGGUUUCUCUAUGACCAUAGGGGAAGUUGAGGUAGCUUUCUAUGGUGGUGAUAAGGAAUCCAAUAAGACUGGAGCAACCUGGCUGGAUGAUAAGCUGACAUAUGUUGGAUCACAGAAAGCAAUCCCUGGAACAGAUGACUUUGUAUGGAGACAGGACUCUGCUGGACUCUAUGUAGUCACUAAUGGUGACUUUGAGGUUACCAUCCAGAAUAGCAGAAGAUUCCUCAAUGUACAAGUGCUUUCCAAGCCUGCCAUAUGUUCCAUCAGCAAAGGACUACUUGGGAACUGCGAUGGCAAUAUCACAAAUGAUUUCAAUUUGCAAUCAGGUGAAGAACUCGCAUCUGCAACUAAUGGCACUUUGACUGAUGAUGAUGUCUACAGUGUCUUUGGACCAUCCUGGGUUGUACCUAGUAAUGAAUCUAAGUUUGAACAGCCCACCGAGGAAGACAUUUUGACAUCUACCCCCGGAGGUUUAUGUAUUUGCUUUGAAGAUUCCAAUGCAAUUUCUGAUCCUCUAUACAGUUUCUCCAACUAUGAUGUCACAAUUGAAUUCAUCUUUAAGGUGGAUGAGUCACAAGUGGGAUGUGGAAUUCUGCUCUCAUACCGAGUUGAUGACGAGUUUACAGUAAUGGUAUGCGACAAUAAGCUCACUACAUAUUACAACAGUGAAACCAAGACAUCAAAUGGAAUCGAUGUUGACUAUGGCACAUGGUACCACUUGGCAAUUAUCUUGCAAAAAGAUGAUGGAUUCUUGAUCUUUUAUCUUUAUGAUGAAGCUGGUGAAUACAACUCUGAUAUCCAGACCUUGAAUGAUGUUCCAUACAACAUCCUGCAGCCUGGUGGUACCCUAGCCUUAGGCCAGUGGAACCCACCCACAACAGGUAGCGGCAGUAGUGGAAUGUAUUACUACAACUACUUAGGCUGCAUUGAUGAGUUCCGUAUAUGGAAUGCUCGUCUCUCAGUUUCCACUAUUAAGGACAACAUCUGGAAGUACAUCCCAACAACAACAGAGGACUUGGCCAACUACUGGAAAUUCAAUGAGGGCUAUAAGGGCUACUCAGAGGAUUCUGUGAAUAGUGUGUACCUUCACAUGAGCAAAAAACCUUGGAGGCAUCCAGAGUAUGAGUACACUACAUACACCUUCACACUACCUGAAUAUGAGGAAUACAAUGUCUAUGAUGUCAUUGAUAAUGCAGAUGAUGACUACAAAGAUGAAGUUGAGGCCUUCUGCGCAAGUGUCUUUGGAGCUGAAUCUUUUAAGACACUCUGUUCAAAGGUUGACAAUGCAACAUUCUCUUUCUACCAACAACAGUGUGAAUACAAUGGGGUCCUUUAUGGCAAUACCUCAUACACAUUAGAAGUUGCUUACGCCUUUGCAGCUCAAUGCCAGAUACUUGAUACAUUCAUUGAGCGCCCAACUUUGCCUCCACCUGUAGAGGCUACUACAGGUAUCACUGGGGAUGGAACCAUCACAACUUAUGAUGGUACUACAUACCCACUUAACACAACUGGAGAGUUUGUAUUCAUUAACACUGGUACAAUUGAUGUGAAAGUCAGAGUUGUACCAUGUCCAGAAGCUUCAAGCCCCACUUGUGUUAACCAGGUUUGGUUAGCUACUGAAAACCAUGAUGUUGUUAUCCAUACACCAUAUUCAUCUGGAGGUGAUCUAGUUGUGUUUGAUGGUGAAGGCAACAGAACUACUCUAACAGGUACAACUGAUUUGGCUGAUGAUUUCACAGUUACUAAAGUAGGAGGAAAUGAGUAUCAUAUCACUGAUAAUGCAGAUCUUACAAUUGUUGUCGUGAAGGAUGACAAUGGGUUCCUAGAUGUAACUGUUGAUACAUUUGAUACUGUCUGUAGCCGGAAUACAAAUGAUAUAGCUGGUACAUGUGAUGGUGAUACAACCAAUGAUCCUGCAUCAGGAGAUGAUGUCACUCAUCCAAACUGUACAGGUUGUACUGUAGACCCUAAUAGUGAGGAUGGCUUUGUUUACACCUACACUACUCCCACAGGUGUCACCUAUGAAGAACCACAGAACUUCACUGGAUCUUGCACAUGUGGAUAUUACCUUGAUAACUGCUGCAUUCAAGUAGGCACCCCAGGUGGUAAUGACACCCAUGGAACAACAACAAUCACAAACGGCACAUUCACUACAUUUGAUGGUGUUGAGUAUGAUUUGGAUGUCAGAGGAGAGUAUGAGUUCUAUAAUGGAUCUGACACUGAUGUAUACAUCAGGAUGACACCAUGUGGUCAAGAAACAUGUGUUACACAGGUACAGGUUGGUACAGGUGAUUCUGAUGUUGUUGUCCAUGCACCUUACACUAAUAACUCUGAUGUUGUUGUGUUCGAUGGUGAGGGCAAUGAGCUUGACUUCUCAAGUAGCAAUGAUUCAACUGUAGCACUUGAUAAUUCAACUACUGUUACUAAUACAGAUGGUAACACAGUUAUUAUUACCAACACUGAUGAUGGCACUGAGACAACUGUUACUGUAAAUGAUAACGGAGACUUAGAUGUAGAAAUCACCACUCCAACAGACACUUGCUCAGCUGGUGUAACUGGCAUGGCAGGAUCUUGUGAUGGUGAUACUGAUAAUGAGAUCCCAGAUGGUAAUGGUGGAUAUGUUGAUGCUGACGAUAUCACUACUGAUGAUCUUACCAAUAUGGCAAAUGAUAGUAAUGUUGGUGGUUCAGGAUCUGGAUCUGGAAGUGGAUCUGGAUCUGGAAGCGGAUCAUCUGGAGAUGGAUCAUCUGAAACUAAUUUUGUGUACAGUUACACAGAUGAAAAUGGUACAACACACAAAGAACCUGAAAAUAUUGUUGCAAAGUGCCCAGCUGGAUUCUAUGGUGCUGACUGUAGUAUUGCAUUAGAGGACACCUCAUCUGGUUCAAAUACAACAUCAACAGCAAGUGUCAAUGAUGAUGGAUCAGUCACUACAUUUGAUGGUGUAAAUUAUCCUGUUGGAACAUAUGGAGAGUUCACAC